AACCCUCUACUAUGAUAUCGAUAUAGCGAAUGCGACUUACCUUGAUGCAGCUAACAAGAAUGCUUAGCAUCAGAGCCGUUUAAACCAGAACUGCACCUCUUCAAACAGCAACGCGCGUAAGAUGUCCGAUACCAAUCCCGAGCCGCAGCAGCAUUCGAGCUCGAGUACUGAGUCUUCAUCGCAAUCACCACCACCAGCAGCAGCAGCAGCAGCACCACCCGUAGAACCAGCAUCAGCAACAACAAAAAUAGCAACAACAACAACGGCAGCAGCAUCUUCAACCGAUUCGCCAGCAAUCAUCGAAACCACCUCCACCACUUUGACGUUUGCCGAUCACGGCAAGCCGCCGCUAGCCACAGAGGAAGAUUCCAGCAGCACAACCAGCAACAUUCCAGCGGUCACGGUUUCCGUCAUCGAGUAUCCAAUUCCAACGACAAACAGUUCCACAACUGCAGCAGGAACUGCGUCGAUUCCGGUACAGUGUACGAUUACGGCAACAGUCCACCAACCAUCGAUUCCGAUCGCCGUAGAGCGACAAACCUCGGUCAGUUCUGCCGAAGGAAGCAUGUCGAACAGUAACAACAGCGGCUCCGGCUUCCGGAAUUCGUUCAACGGACGAGUCCCGUUUGCCAGAAUCCUAUCAACUGGAAGCGAUCGCCGAGCAGUCGGCAACGAACAAGCACGUGUCUCAGGAAACCUAAGCAAUAAUCUGUUGAAUGACAUUUUUGCCUUCGUGCAGCAAGCACGCAACCCGAACAGUCUGUUCUCGUCGGAAAGGCGAUCAUUGUUUCUGCAAUCGGGCCGCGCUGUAUCCCAAAUGUCAGGAAACAGCUCCCCGCCAAUCGGUCUUGCUACUACCGGCAAUCCAACCGAUGUAGUUAUCGAUCUUGACAACGCCACCGGACCAUCACUCCGUUCGUCAAACAAUGAAAUCUAUCCGAUUUCCACAUCCUCAUCGAUCACCAGUGGCAUCCGACCAAACUCCUGGAUACCGACCACCGCCGGAGAUGACGAAUCCGCUGCGGGACGUUCUUCAAUCAUGCCGAACUUCAAUUAUCACCAUCAUCAUCAUCAUUUCCACAACCAUCAACCGCUGUCCACUAUCCACCACCAUCAGCACCUUGCACACCCACAACCGUCGCUUCUUCACCAAGCCCAAUCGGCUCAACAGAGCCAACCGGCUUCUCUCGGAGCUCCCGGCGCCGCUAUCGGUGGUUCUGCUGGUGACUCAGCUCAGCGGCCGGCCUCACCUACCAAUCCGAACCCAAACAAUGGCACCCGCAGCAACAGUGUCAGCUCCAAUCAGCCAAACGAUGAGGCUACGGUUCACGAAGCCUUGAACCAGAUACCGGAAGCGCGCGCCAUGAUGGACACCUUCGCCCGGUACAUCCCGCUGCUCUUCAUCCUGAUCACGAAGCUCUGCUACGACCAUCUGGAUGGCAUCAUCCACUUCCUCGCUCUGCUUAUGACCUUCUCCCACGCAAACUGGGUCGUCCGGCAGGAGAUCUCCAAACAAGCCCAGAAGCGGAUGGUGGUCCUGUUGCGCGAGCUGAUCUUCAUCGGAGUCGCCCUGGCCGUCGUCGGCUUCGUCCUGGAACGGAAGAACAUCUUCCUCAGCAUCAUGUUCAUGCCGGACCUAUCCGAGCCGCAAAGUCUCAAGUCCCUCCUGUUUUCCGUGUGCAUGUCCGAUCUGGUGCUGAAACUACUCACCAUCAUUGUCAAGAUCGUCAUCACUCUGAUGCCACCCAGCGUAAUUGAGUACAAGAGCCGAGGAAAAAUCUAUCUGAUGACGGAAUCGCUCUCUCAGCUGUACCGCGCAGCGGCCCCCAUUCAACCGUGGUUGAUUUUCCUGUUCGAGUCCUACUCCGGCUCGGAGAAGAUUGUCGGCGUCAUCCUGUCGGCGGUCUAUAUGGUGGCCAAGUCGUCGGACCUGCUCGAUCGGAUCAAGUUCUGCAAACGGUCGGUCAUCAAGUUGCUACAGAAAACGAGCUACGGAACGAUCCCCUCGAAGGAACAGCUGCAGGCGUGCGGUGGCCAGUGUCCGAUCUGUCACGACAAUUUCAACUCGCCGGUGCUGCUCGAGUGCAAUCACAUCUUCUGCGAGCUGUGCGUCGGAACCUGGUUCGAUCGGGAACAGACCUGCCCACUGUGCCGGGCCAAGAUCGUUGACGACCCCUCGUACCGGGACGGGGCGACCACGUUCUUCUUGCAGCUCUACUAACCGAACCGGGCAGAAGAACCUAGCGAUUCAGUGCGUGCGUACGUGCGUGUGUUACAGUGAAAUCGUGUAUGACGGAAAGGUAGACGAAGACGGAUGCUUCUACUAGUGGUAAUUCACUCGUACACGUAUAUUAGUUUAUUCUAAACAGUUUACUUCUUUUAUUUUAACAGAAAUUUCGAAGCACAAAAUUGCUUCUCCUACAAGAGCCUACGGCUCUUGAAUUAGCUCCUACGUUGCUAUAGCCGCACUUCGAGCAGCCAAUUGUUAGCAAAUAUAUGUUUUAUUUAGUUGAAAUUUCAAAUGCGCUAAAUAUUCCAAAAAAAACAAGUUUACAAAAACAUAACAGGUUAAGAUAUAAACAGAGAACCGUUUUUAUUGUGUUUGUUAAUAUUUAAAAUUAAUUCAAAAACUUACCAGAAACUGAAGAGAUAGUGCUGCACAGGGAAAAAAAAUAAAGAAAAGAGAGUUUGUACAAGCGAGGACAAGAGUGAGAGAGAAUGCGAGUGCGUCAAAAUUGAGAAACGAUGACUGAGAAUUGAAGAAAACAAACAAAAUUGCUUGCUGCGCCUACUGAGUGUUGUAAGCGGUAAAAGCUGUUACUAAUCAAAAA